AUGGCAGGUGAAGUUGCUGCUGCUGCUGCAGCAGCAGCAGCAGCAUCCCCUCCACCUCACGCAGGUGCAGAGCUGCCCCUCCCUAGAGUUGCUGUCGAAACAGCAGCCGGUGGCGAGUGGCUUGAGCUUAGAAGCAGCAGCAACAGCAGCAGCAGCAGCAGCAUCAGCAGCAGCGACAGCUGCAGCAGCGGCAGCAUCACAGACAGUGACAGUGACGCAGAAGUGAGCAGCAGCAGCAGGAAGAACAGAUGCAGCAGCGGCAGCAGCUUUCUGCCUUCGCAUUCUUUCAGGUGGCACCGCGUCUGCUCCCCGGCAGCAGCAGCAGCAGCAACAGCAGCAGCAGCAGCAACAGCACCGUCAGAAGCCGCAGCAGCAGGCCCCAGUGCAAACGCGGCCUCAACAGCAACAACGACAAGGGUAGCAGCAGCAGCAGCAGCAGCAGCAGAUGAAGCAAUAUCUCGGCUCGCCUCCACUAUUUGUCAGCAGCCCACUUUGCUGCUGCAUCCCGACGGGUUUGGUGAUUAUGUGCUGCUGCUGCAGCAGCAGCAGCAGAAGUGGCUGCGGCGCAUUUGCAGCUGCUGCCAUGGAGGCAGAGACACGCAGCUGCACCAUCUGCUGCUGCUGCUGCGGGACGCCUUUGCCUUCACAUUCUUGAAAGAAGCUGCUGCAGCAGCAACAGCGGCUGCAGAGGCAGCAGCAGCAACAGCAGCAACAGCCAGCGGAAAGGAAGCAGCAACAGCAGCAAGCGCAGCUGCUGGUUCAUUCAGAGCAGAGGCAGGAGAAGCAACCACUGCUGCGUCUGCUGCUGCGUCUGCUGCUGCUGCUGCUGCUGCUGCCAGUGGCCAAGGCGCGCGUCACUUUUGCCGUGCUGUGGCUGCUCACGCUCCCUGGUUGCCCCGCCACACAGCAGCAGCAGCAGCAGGGGAAGCAGCAGCAGCAGCAGCAGCAGCAAGUCAGGAGGCAAUUGUUGAGAACUGCGGCUCCGCUGAGGGCUGCGGCGCUCGGAUUAUUAACUUAGGUCUAUACGCCGGCGGCGUGCUGCCUCCGGUCAGCAGCAGCAGCAGCAGCAGCAGCAGCAGCAGCGGCACUUGCUGCUGCGGUGCAGGCAAGCAGCAGCAGACUCAACAGCAGCUCUGCCAGCAGCCUCAGCAGCAGUUUGAUGCUACUGCGAAAUGCUCCGCUGCAGCACAUGCACUGUGCUGCUGUGUAGCGGAGGCCCUCUGCAGCAGCAGCAGCAGCAGGAGAGCUGCUGCAGGGGGCUUAUCACUGCAGCGCCAACUAUCCGCAAUAAUCGCAGAGGCGCGGGCGCGCCAGAUUCUUUUUCGGAAGAGUUUGCUGCAGCUUGCCCGGCAGCAGCAGCAAGGGCAGCAGCAGCAGCAGCAGCAGCAAGGGACGCAGCAAGAGCCGAUUACAGAACGACAGCUGAGUCUGCUGCUGUCGGGCGGCGGGGGUGUCUUUGUUAUAUUGGAGGGCAUGCAUUCGCUGCUGCAGCUGCAGGCAACGAGCAGCAGCAGCAGCAGCAGCAGCAGUCGCGUCAACUUGAAGAGCCUUCUGCUGCAGCAGCUGUCGGCGUUUGCGGCGACCUGCAGCAGCGAAGGCCUCCCCGUGUUUGUCAUGGUGCCUUUCGAUGCAGCAGACGCUGCUGCUGCUGCUGCUGCUGGCAGUGCUGCUGCUGCUAAAGGCUUGCUGCCAGUGCGGCAGCGGCUGGCCGAGCUGCUGGGGCAGCAGCUGCUGCAGCCAUUCCUUAUAGAACGAGUUAUAGCGCUGUCAGAGUCUCUUUCGGAGCAGCAGCGAGCAGCAGUGCUGCUGCUGCUGCUGCGCCGCAUGUACGCUGGCGCUGCAGCAACUGCAGCAGGUGCAACGACUACAGCAGCAGCAGCAACUGCAGCAGCGUCAGCAGCUGCAACAGCUGAAACUGCUGCCGAAGCCACACAAAUCCGCCGACUCGCAAGCAUUGGCGCUCUGUGGACCUGCGGCUUCUCCGUAGCCGACCUGCGCAGUCUUCUGCGCGCUGCCGUCACGAACUGCAUGCAGCGGCAGCUCCGCAGCAGCAGCAGCAGCAGCAGCAGCAGCAGCAGCAGCAGCAGGGUGUUGUCUGCUGCAGACUUGCGCCAGGCGCUGCUCUCUGUCAGCCCGUCAGCAGUGCGGCUGCUGCGGGUCGGCAGUGUGCAGCGGCUGCUGCCUCCUGUGUCGGCGCCGCAGGAUGCAGCAGCAAACGAGAUCUUUGCUGCUGCUGCUGCUUCCCCAGCAGCAGAGGGGCGGCUGGCAUACCUCACUUACACGCGCCGCAGCAACGGCAGCAGCAGCAGCAGCAGCAGCAGCAGCAGCGAAAGCGACACUAGCAGCGACAGCACAAGCGGCAGCCACUGCAGCAGCGACAGCAGCAGAGGCUGCUGCAGCAGCAGAAGGUGCUGGUGCGGCAGCUGCUGCUUGCGGGUCCGGCAAGGCCUGAAAGCUGUUUGGGGGCAGCAGCAAUUAGUUGAGCAGCUGAAGAGGGAAGUUGUGGGGCCAUUCAAGCAGCAAAUAAGAGCAGCACCAGCAGCAGCAGCAGCUCCUUCAGGUGCUGCUGCUGCAGCAGCUGCUGCUGCACUUCAUGCGGCACCUCUUGGUUGCAUUCUCGAGGGGCCUUCGGGCUCAGGUAAGUCGUUCGUGUGCGGCUGCGUAGCUGCUGCAGCAGGCGCUGUGCUGGUGCGUCUGUCUGCUGCUGAUCUGCUGCGGAAGGAAGUUGCUGCAGCAGACAAGCAGCUGCUGUCGGUCUUCGCGUCGCUGCGGCGCUGCACUCCUGCUGUGCUGCUCAUUGAAGACGUGGACAUCCUGUGCAGCAGCAGCAGCAGCAGCAGCAGCAAGAUAGCGGGGACUCUGCUGCAGCAGAUUGACGAGCUCGCGCUGCUGCGGACUUUCAGCGCCGACGAGGGGCAGAGAUUUGCUGCCUCCAGUUUGCUGCUGCUGGCCACAGCAACUAAAGCAGCAAACAUUGACAGCAGGCUCCUGCGAGUCCCCUCACCGUUUCAGCAAGGUAUUCAGUCUGGCCAGCAGCAGCAGCAGCUCCAGCGACUCAGCAGCAGCAGCAGCAGGGCUGCUCCAGCGCUGCCUUAUUGGCCGCUGCAGUCCGUCAAUCAGAAAGAAGGAUUUGCUGCAAGUUGUUCAGCUGCUAAAGAGCCGCAGCAGCAGCAGCAGCAGCAGCAGCAGCAGCACAACAGCACCAUGUGCAAGUUUUUUGUCCCCGACACUUUGCGUGUCGCUGUGUCAAGAGGCAGCAGUUGCUGCAGUGCGCCGUCAGCAGCAGCAGCAGCAGCAACAGCGGCAGCAGCAACAGCAGCAGCACAGUGGGUCAAUUCAGCUGUGUGA